AUGGACAAAAAUGUAUUAGGAACUCCCUACUACAGAAAGGCGAAGAUAGUGGAUAGUCCAAAGGUAUCCGAAGCGCGGAGUGCGGGUCCUAAGGUGCGGGGUAUCGGGUUAUCAUCGGGUCGGGUGCGGGUGACGUCGGACAUAGCGGGAAUUGGAUGGAAAGGCACCCCCCCGGUAGAGGGUGAUCAGGGAGGAGGCACAGUAGGGGCUAGCAGAGUCCAGCAGGGGCUAGCAGGCAAAGACCAGAGGAGCUUAGCUUACACUAGGGAGCUACCACUCCAUUGUGGUGAAGAGAGUGGGAUUCGAUCGUUGCAACAAGCUUCUGCCGAUAAUAGAGACACCCCAGAACUCACAUCUCGUACAUUGGACGAGAAUCCAUUGGACAACCAGGAGGAAGAUGACAAACCAGAAUCGCUAGCAGGAGCUCCGGACCCAAGCACCAUAACUUGGCCCUCAGAAGAACUCCCAUCCCCCACGUUAGAACCAAAAGAGCAAACGACAAGACCAAUCCGAAAAACCCCUGUACCAGCUUCGUUACCCACGGUAGCAACACCAACGAGACCAACAACACUAUAUCUCCCUAACCCAGCCGCACCACCUAAAAACUCGCAACCGAUUAGGCAAACAGUCGCCCAACCAUGGAAAAUGGCCAAGAGCUCCACACCAUCUUGGUUCCACGGGAAACCAGAGGAAAACGCCCAAAACUUCCUGAAGGAAGUUGAUCGUUAUAGCAUACUCAACGAUCUGAAAACGGAGGCGGCAAAAGUUGUUGUGUUCAGCACACUCCUGUCGGCAGGAUUGACUGCAGACUUAUGGUGGACCAAGUUAGAUAGCUCGAAGAAGACAACGUGGGCAGACAUGCAGACCGAGUUCAGCAAGAAAACGGGGCUCGACUACCAGCAUGAGAUAUUAGCAUUACACAUCAACAAAGAGGAAGUGGGAACACAGGUCACAGUAGCAGGAGUCCCAACCUGGGCUCACCUGCAAUUCCGCGUCAAAAUGCAGCAAUUAGUUGCUGAGGCAGGAGCGAACGAGACAGCAGGACUGGUUUAUCAAGUCAGGGAGAACCUACCAACCGUAAUCAAGGAACUCACCACUCCAGGACUUGCAGAUUGGACGAAGUUUUUGAUGAUGCUGUGA